AUGGCUGGAGGAAUGGCCCUGCGUGGCUGGAGUGUGCCGACUUCACGGCCACCAAUGCAGAUGCAAUUGCGCUGCGGCGUGGCCCUUGCUAGGGAGAUUUCGCGGACAGCGCUGAGGGGUUCGCAACUUGCAGCAGCUGCAGCUUUUGUGGGUGCUAGAUCGGCGCGGUUGCGACCAAAGACAUCCGUCUCCAUGUCCAUCGGGCCCAAGCCGGUGUGGGAUGGAACAGGCGGUCCGGCCAUUCAUGGAGUCACCGGUGGAGUGCCGCGUCUGCAGAAAGGCAAGCUACAUCGCGUUGUGUGGAUGUGCUGGACGGGCAACAAUCCGAUGCCUGCGCACUUGCAGCUGUGCAUGCAGACGGUGAGGAGGAACUCUGGCCUGCCUGUGAUCUUGAUCACGCCGCAAAAUGUUGUUGAGUAUGUUCCAGAUCCGCAUCCAGCCUAUCAGUUUCUCCAUCUUGCGCACAGAGCAGACUAUUUGCGUUGCUACUUGCUGCAUAACUACGGCGGUAUUUACCUUGAUGCUGACACCAUUUGCCUACAAAGCCUUGAGCCGCUCUAUGACCUUGUGGAAAACGGUCAGUUUGAUGCAGUAGGAUAUGAUGGAGCAGCAUGGGGCGAGCUGAUCGGAAUCUCAGACAUGGGACCGUUUCGACCCAACACCGAGUUGACGCAGCUUUGGUUCAAUGCUUUGCACGGCAGAUUGGAGGAGAAGAUGCCAGCCAUUCGCAGCCAACGGACUGAUGUUUUCUACUGGCAGGAGAUUCUCAGAGAUGUCUUUGUUCCGGUCAGUCUGAUUCACAACAAGCGAGUCAGCAAGGCGCUCAUUGCGCACAAUCCAGAGAAGGAAGAGCUCUGGGCUGUUCGGCCAUUCCAGAAGGUAUUGAGAACACAGUUGAAUGCGCACAUCCUGAUCUUGAACAAUGCCAAGUACGGCGAUGAACUGGGUCAAUUGUCCGAGGACCAGAUCCUUGCUGGGCCAGCGGUGCUGAGUCAGCUGCUGCGGCAUUCCUUGGGCCUGGACGGUCUGGAAUGA